UGACGUCUGAUCUGACGUUUGUUUAUUGUUGCGCAAUCACAAUAAAUAAUAGAAGUGCGAAGAACAUUUUAUUUUUGAUUUACAAUUUGGUAAACAGUUUUUAGAAGGCGUCAAGUAAAUUCCAAGUAAUAUCAGGAUGGAAGGUAAUAACACAUUUAUGGACAAGGUACGCUCGUUUUUUGGGCUUCGAACAGAUCCGCCGCGAAAUGAUUUUCGCAAUCCCAUCUGGAACAUAGAUGAUGACGAUGAAGACGACUCACUGUAUAAUAGACAGCGAAUGGACGUGUUCGAUCCUGUGGACUUGCAUAGGGAAUUAACCCGACAAAUGCAGGAUAUGUUCAACUCUUUCGGCAGUAUGUUCGGAGAUGUUAAGACAUUCUUUCACGAUAACAAUUUGGAUACUAUGAUAACUGAUAUACCAGCAAGCGAGGAACCCGAGCACUAUAACAAUACGAACUCAAUAAGAGAUUACUAUUUGAAGCCAGGAUUCCACAAUCAAAAACAAGAUCAUCUGGAUGGAGACCUUGAUGGUAAAAUAUCUUCUCACGAAAUAUCGGGCUUGUUAAACAAGAAGGAUGAUGCACUCGUGCCCUCACAUCGUUAUGACAACACACCUGCAGGUAGGUCAUUUUGCCAGACUAUCAUAACAACUAGUGUGACAAAACCUGAUGGCUCCAUUGAAACACGAAGAAUUGUUAAAAAAGGCAAUGAGGUCAUUGAAGAAACAACCACCACUACUGAAUCCAACAGGAAUCCUAUCAACAUUAACAUGAAUGCAGUUGCAUCUACCGGUAUAAUUUUGUCUGAGUUGGCGUCUUUAUUUAAAAACUAUUACUAAUUUUUUCCCUGAUAACAUUAUGAUAUGGGAUAAAUUUAACAUAUAAAGGUUUAAUUACUUCUUAAUGAAAUUGUCACUGGUUUUUUAAUCAUAGAAUUAGUGGGUGUCAUCCAUUUUAUUAAAAUGUUUUUCAAUUUUAAAAUUGUAUGUUUCUAAG